UAGAGAAACCAUGGCAUUCGACCCUUUUGCCGAUUAUCUCGGUCUUGGCGAUUUGUUGGAGACAUCUGGUCAGCCUGAAGUGCUUGGUCACUGGUCAAGGUACCGGAAGACCAGCUCCGACACGUCUUCCUCUGGGGACAUGCUAGAGGUGGACAUAACGCCCACACGUGGCAUCGCUCAGCGGCACAGUAGAGUAGGGCAGGUCACAUCACCCAGAGCUUCAGAAAGCAGAUGCACAUCAAAUCCCCCAGACCGUGAUGACGUCCUUGAGCUUGUUCAGUUAAUGAAAAAGAUGUUAACUCGUCAGUUCCAAACCAGUGGACAAGGUCUGUUAGGAAGCUAUCAUCCACGUGGGCCUCUCUACUGUGCGUUCUGCCGGCAGAACGGAGAGACGCGGAAGUAUUACCUUUCACACGGGCUGAAAGACCGAUUCGGAAACGUCAUCUGUCCUGUGCUACGUGCCUAUGUGUGCCCGCUAUGUAACGCGACUGGGGACGAGGCUCACACCCUUAAAUACUGUCCACUGGGGGACCAACAAGCCUCUGUACCACUGGCCAAGGCGCUACGCUCCGGGAGGAACUGUAGCGGUCAGAAACGGUCUUCGUUUCACCGUUACACCUAGAUUAUAUAACGGCCACGCGCCAGCGUGCAAGUGAUAACCCAAACGUUCCCACGACUUGCGUGGUCUGAAUGCUUAUAAGGUUAACCCUUUGAUUGACAGUGAAACUGAUUUGAUGGACUGAAUUGUACGAGAGGUUACAUUUUUUCAGUCCAGGGUUGUUAUUGUCCAUUAUUUUAUGAAAGGAAAUCAUGAAUAUGUGUCAAAAUUCUUCGGAAUUAUCUUCGGAAUUAUUUUUUUCUUAAGAUUUUCAUCUUGUUACUUUAAUGGUCUAAAUAUAUAAUUCAUUAAACAUUAUUUCUUGCAUGAAGAGAAAUUUCUGCUCGAUACAUAUAUAUAUUUCAAAGACUAUUAUUUUGUUCUGGUGAGACAGUACUUAAUUACCGUACAGAGUAAAACAUUUACUGGUUGAACUUCCAUGUAUCACAAAUAUUUAACAAGAUAUUUCUUUCCAUUGUGUGAAAGGAAACAUUAAGUUGUGUUUUAUUUGGUUGAUUGCAUUGAAUAUAUGAUCAGAUAUUUCAAGAUCAGAUGAGCAAUACCGCUAGUUUAUCACAAAACUUUCUCCUGUACGUGAAAAUGAAAAUGUUUUUGACUUGUUUUUAUACUUUAUACUUUUGUUUUUGUUCUCCGAAAUUAAGCAAGGUAUAAGUAGGUGCUUACUUAUAUUACUGGGUAAUUUUUUGACCCAGAGUUCACUGCAUUCAUUGCAAUAUGAUAUUAUAUUAUAAUAUAAUAUGAUACGUAUUUUUUUUAUCACGGAUGUCUAAUGCAACCACAGUUUAUUUUGUCAUGCGGUAUUGUUUACAGUGGAGGCGUGAAAAUGUGAAAAUUGUAAAAUA